AUGACUGACAAUACCGAAGAAUCGAAGCGAUUGAUCGACAAUUCCGGUGCUGCCGAGAACGCCGACGACUCUCUGGCCACCGCCAUUCUGCGAAAGAAAAAGAAGGACAAUGCUCUUGUCGUGGACGAUGCCACCAACGAUGACAACUCCAUCAUCUGCAUGUCGCCAGCAACCAUGGAUCUGCUCCAGCUGUUCCGGGGCGACACAGUGCUGGUCAAGGGCAAGAAGCGAAAGGACACGGUGCUCAUUGUGCUGGCCGACGAGGAACUCGAGGACGGCGUGUGCCGAAUCAACCGAUGCGUCCGAGGCAACCUGCGAGUCCGGCUCGGAGACGUGGUUUCGGUCCACCCCUGCCCCGACAUCAAGUACGCCACCCGAAUUUCGUGUCUGCCCAUCUCCGACACCAUUGAGGGUCUGACCGGCUCGCUGUUCGACGUCUUCCUCAAGCCCUACUUUGUCGAGGCUUACCGACCCGUGCGAAAGGGCGAUCUGUUCACCGUGCGAGGAGGUAUGCGACAAGUCGAGUUCAAGGUUGUCGACGUCGACCCCCCGGAGUACGCCAUUGUCGCCCAGGAUACCGUCAUCCACUGCGAGGGCGAUCCCAUUGAGCGAGAGGACGAGGAGGGCAACCUCAACGAGGUCGGCUACGACGAUAUUGGAGGCGUGCGAAAGCAGAUGGCCCAGAUCCGAGAGCUAGUCGAGCUGCCUCUGCGGCACCCCCAGCUGUUCAAGUCUAUUGGUAUCAAGCCCCCCAAGGGUAUUCUCAUGUACGGUCCCCCCGGUACUGGUAAGACCCUGAUGGCUCGAGCCGUGGCCAACGAGACCGGAGCCUUCUUCUUCCUGAUCAACGGUCCCGAGAUCAUGUCCAAGAUGGCCGGUGAGUCCGAGUCCAACCUGCGAAAGGCCUUCGAGGAGGCCGAGAAGAACUCUCCUGCCAUCAUCUUCAUUGAUGAGAUUGAUUCUAUCGCCCCCAAGCGAGACAAGACCAACGGUGAGGUUGAGCGACGAGUGGUUUCCCAGCUGCUGACUCUCAUGGACGGAAUGAAGGCCCGAGCCAACAUUGUCGUCAUUGCCGCCACCAACCGGCCCAACUCCAUCGACCCUGCUCUGCGUCGAUUCGGCCGAUUCGACCGAGAGGUCGACAUUGGUAUUCCCGACCCCACCGGUCGACUUGAGAUUCUGCGAAUCCACACCAAGAACAUGAAGCUUGGCGACGACGUUGAUCUCGAGACCAUUGCCGCCGAGACUCACGGUUACGUCGGUUCCGAUAUUGCCUCUCUGUGUUCCGAGGCAGCCAUGCAGCAGAUCCGAGAGAAGAUGGAUCUGAUUGAUCUGGAAGAGGAGACCAUUGACGCCGAGGUGCUCGACUCCCUUGGAGUCACCAUGGAGAACUUCCGAUUCGCACUCGGCAACUCGAACCCCUCUGCUCUCCGAGAGACCGUUGUUCAGUCCGUCAACGUCACCUGGGAGGACAUUGGAGGUCUCGACGGCAUCAAGCAGGAGCUCAAGGAGACCGUCGAGUACCCCGUUCUGCACCCCGAGAUGUACACCAAGUUUGGCCUGUCUCCCUCCAAGGGUGUGUUGUUCUAUGGUCCCCCCGGUACCGGUAAGACUCUGCUUGCCAAGGCCGUUGCCACCGAGGUGUCUGCAAACUUCAUCUCCGUCAAGGGUCCCGAGCUGCUGUCCAUGUGGUUCGGAGAGUCAGAGUCCAACAUCCGAGACAUUUUCGACAAGGCCCGAGCUGCCGCUCCUUGUGUUGUCUUCCUCGAUGAGUUGGAUUCCAUUGCCAAGGCCCGAGGUGGCUCUGUUGGCGAUGCCGGUGGAGCUUCCGACCGAGUUGUCAACCAGCUGCUGACCGAGAUGGACGGUAUGAACGCCAAGAAGAACGUGUUCGUCAUUGGAGCUACCAACCGGCCCGACCAGAUUGAUCCUGCUCUGCUGCGACCCGGCCGACUGGACCAGCUCAUCUAUGUGCCUCUGCCCGACGAGGCCGGCCGACUGUCCAUUCUCAAGGCGCAGCUGCGAAAGACCCCUCUCGAGCCCGGUCUGUCUCUGCAGGAGCUUGCCAAGUCUACCCAUGGCUUCACUGGUGCCGAUCUGUCGUACAUUGUGCAGCGAUCUGCCAAGUUUGCCAUCAAGGACUCCAUUGAGGCUGCCAUCACCGCCCAGCGGGAGGCUGAGGCUGCCGGCAACGAGGACGUGGAGAUGGAAGACCCUGUUCCUUACAUCACCCGGGCCCACUUUGAGGAGGCCAUGAAGACCGCCAAGCGAUCUGUCAGCGACAGUGAGCUGCGUCGAUACGAGGCCUAUGCCCAGCAGAUCCAGUCGUCGCGAGGAAACAUUGGUUUCCGGUUCAGCGAGGACGCUGCUGGUGAGGCUGCCGCCGCCGACGCUGGUGCCGGCACUGCUUUUGGUGCUGACCAGGAGGAUGACCUGUACAACUAG